GUGGAACGCCUGGUGAAAUUUGUCCUUUUAUUCUUUAAUCACGAUAAACUAAUCUUAUUGUUGGCUCAUUGUCACCUCGUCCCUCUUCUAAUCGCAACUGAAAUAAGAUUCGAGCAGGUUCAAAAAUGUAUAUUUUGUGUAGAAUUGUACUAGCUGUGGUGAUGUGCCUUCCUAUUUCUGGAGUAAAAUUGCCAUCAGAUAUGUCCCAAGGAAUUUUUUGUGAGGGCUGUAGUGCAGUUAUGAAAGAACUAGACAAGUUAUUGGAAAAAAAGAGUUCAGAUCCCAGAGAGCUGCAGGUGGUAGAAGCAAUGGAAGACAUUUGCCAAACAAAGUAUUUUUCAAAAUAUGAUUAUUCACCACCAACUACAGUCAAAGCCUGCAGAUUUUUAAUAGAGAAAUAUGAAGAGGACAUAGAACAGUUGUUGAUGGACAAGGUUGAUAACACAGAACAAGAGGUUUGUUACAAGCUGACCAAAGCAUGUGAAGGUGUGGAUAGAAGUAAAAAGGAGAAAGAACCACUUGAUUACCGUUUCAACAAUCAGCCACAGCAAGUGAAGACUGAAUCAGCCUCAAAAGAUGAUGAUGGUAUUCAUCGCAUGAAUGUGGAUAUUAAUGAUCCUGGAGCUGCAGAGAGGCUGGCAGAGCAGAUUAAAUCACAACUGGGACAGCAGGGGAUGGGAGGAGGCACGGGAGAUGAUGAUGAUGAUGAUGAGGAAGAAGAAGAAGAAGAGGAAGGAGGAGAUAAUGAAGAUAAAGAAAAUGGAGGAGCUGAAGAAGAGAAUGAUAAAAAAUCUUUUGAAGUGAAAACUGAAUUAUAGUUGAACACAAAAAAAUAGUCUACCCAGCAAAUUAAUAUAUAUAUGUUUACUUCUAGACAGGAAUUUUUAAUGGCUUGAUGCUAAGCAGUAGAGGUAAUUUUCUUUUGAAAUGACAUCCACCU